AUGGGCACAGCAGAGAUGGGGAGAGCAGAGAUGGGCACAGCAGAGAUGGGGAGAGCAGAGAUGGGCACAGCAGAGAUGGGGAGAGCAGAGAUGGGCAUAGCAGAGAUGGGGAGAGCAGAGAUGGGCACAGCAGAGAUGGGGAGAGCAGAGAUGGGCACAGCAGAGAUGGGGAGAGCAGAGAUGGGCACAGCAGAGAUGGGGAGAGCAGAGAUGGGCACAGCAGAGAUGGGGAGAGCAGAGAUGGGCACAGCAGAGAUGGGCACAGCAGAGAUGGGCACAGCAGAGAUGGGGAGAGCAGAGAUGGGGAGAGCAGAGAUGGGCACAGCAGAGAUGGGCACAGCAGAGAUGGGCACAGCAGAGAUGGGCACAGCAGAGAUGGGGACAGCAGAGAUGGGGACAGCAGAGAUGGGCACAGCAGAGAUGGGCACAGCAGAGAUGGGCACAGCAGAGAUGGGCACAGCAGAGAUGGGCACAGCAGAGAUGGGCACAGCAGAGAUGGGCACAGCAGAGAUGGGGACAGCAGAGAUGGGGACAGCAGAGAUGGGCACAGCAGAGAUGGGGACAGCAGACAUGGGGACAGCAGAGAUGGGCACAGCAGAGAUGGGCACAGCAGAGAUGGGCACAGCAGAGAUGGGCACAGCAGAGAUGGGCACAGCAGAGAUGGGGACAGCAGAGAUGGGCACAGCAGAGAUGGGCACAGCAGAGAUGGGCACAGCAGAGAUGGGCACAGCAGAGAUGGGCACAGCAGAGAUGGGCACAGCAGAGAUGGGCACAGCAGAGAUGGGCACAGCAGAGAUGGGCACAGCAGAGAUGGGCACAGCAGAGAUGGGGACAGCAGAGAUUGUCACAGCAGAGAUGGGCACAGCAGAGAUGGGCACAGCAGAGAUGGGCACAGCAGAGAUGGGCACAGCAGAGAUGGGCACAGCAGAGAUGGGCACAGCAGAGAUGGGCACAGCAGAGAUGGGCACAGCAGAGAUGGGCACAGCAGAGAUGGGGACAGCAGAGAUGGGCACAGCAGAGAUGGGCACAGCAGAGAUGGGCACAGCAGAGAUGGGCACAGCAGAGAUGGGCACAGCAGAGAUGGGGACAGCAGAGAUGGGGACAGCAGAGAUGGGCACAGCAGAGAUGGGCACAGCAGAGAUGGGCACAGCAGAGAUGGGCACAGCAGAGAUGGGCACAGCAGAUAUGGGCACAGCAGAGAUGGGGACAGCAGAGAUGGGCACAGCAGAGAUGGGCACAGCAGAGAUGGGCACAGCAGAGAUGGGCACAGCAGAGAUGGGCACAGCAGAGAUGGGCACAGCAGAGAUGGGGACAGCAGAGAUGGGCACAGCAGAGAUGGGCACAGCAGAGAUGGGCACAGCAGAGAUGGGCACAGCAGAGAUGGGCACAGCAGAUAUGGGCACAGCAGAGAUGGGCACAGCAGAGAUGGGGACAGCAGAGAUGGGGACAGUGGGGACAGAAGGAGUGAGGAGGGGAUAUGGAACUAGACCGAUGAUUGAGUGA